GUAAAUUGGACAAAUUGAUAAUGUUUUUCAAGAGUUUCCAGGCCGGCUAUACAGUUACUUUGGAUAUCGUUAAGUUGGUUUAUGACACUUUAGCCACUUCAAACCUAUCGAGGGUUUAAAGUUGUAAAAAUGAAAUUUCGGAAUCUAAACCUCUCUUUGAACAUAUUUCAAGCUUUGAAUUGUUUCUAUUGUAACAGUCCCACCUUUUCCUUUGAGACGUUGAGCUCCACUUGGCUUGUCUUUUUGGAUUGUCCAAUAUUGAAUACCUCUGUUACUUUUAUAUACUCCAUUCAAGAAAUAUCGUUGUUUAAACUCUGGCAAUGGAUUCCAAAUAACUCAAGAAUAUUUUUCGUGCAUAUCUGCAGUCAGAAUCUUGGUCCUUUAGGCUCUUGUUGAUAUCAGCCCUUGGGUUCACAUUUUCAAGAUAGUUUGUAGGAACCUUGACUAGAUUCUUAGUCGAAUCCUAUUCCUUUUAUUUUUGGCUCUUUAGUUAUGUCCGUUUUCAUUUAGGAAGAUACUCUUUUUAAAGAGACGAAUUGUAGGUUUGUGAUCAGAUUUGGAACAUAAAAGACAUUUCUCAGAA